CCGGCGAGGGAGGGCCGCGUCGCUCAUUCCCGAAGCCGGGCGUGCGCGCUGUGAAGGAGCUGCCCGGCGGCGCCUGUUACGGCGGGCAGGCGCGUCUCUCUCUCUGUCUCUCUCUCGUUCUCCGACAGCAGCCGCCAUGUCCGGCUACGAGUACGUGAGCGCCGAGCAGCUGGCCGGCUUCGACAAGUACAAGUACAGCGCUGUGGACAGUAACCCACUCUCCCUGUACGUCAUGCAUCCCUUCUGGAACACGGUAGUCAAGAUAUUCCCUAUGUGGCUGGCCCCAAACUUGAUAACGUUUAGUGGCUUCCUCCUGCUUGUCUUCAACUUCUUCCUCAUGGCAUACUGUGACCCUGACUUUUAUGCAUCUGCACCCGAUCAGCAGCACGUUCCGAACAAGGUGUGGGUCAUGGUGGGCCUCCUCAAUUUCAUGGCUUACACGCUAGAUGGCGUGGAUGGGAAGCAGGCCCGGCGCACGCAGUCCAGCACCCCUCUGGGAGAGCUCUUUGACCACGGCCUGGACAGCUGGGCCUGCAUGUUCUUCGUGGUGACGGUCUACUCCACCUUCGGCCGGGGCCCCAACGGCGUCAGCGUCUUCGUCCUCUACCUCCUCCUGUGGGUGGUCCUCUUCUCCUUCAUCCUCUCCCACUGGGAGAAGUACAACACAGGGGUUCUCUUCUUGCCCUGGGGGUACGACAUCAGCCAGGUGACCAUUUCCAUCGUGUACAUUGUGACGUCUAUUGUGGGCGUGGAGGCCUGGUACAACCCUUUCCUCUUCAAUUUCUUGUAUAGAGACCUAUUCACUGCAAUGAUCUUUGGUUGCGCGCUGACUGUGACGCUUCCCAUGAGCCUGCUGAACUACUACAAAGCCUACAGAAGCAACACCCUGAAACACCACUCCAUCUACGAGGCGAUGCUGCCCUUCCUUUCGCCGGUCCUGCUCUUCAUCCUCUGCACCAUUUGGAUCUUCCACUCGCCGACGCAGAUCCUGGAGACCCAGCCCCGCCUCUUCUACUUCAUGGUCGGCACGGCCUUCGCCAACAUUUCCUGCCGCCUGAUCGUCUGCCAGAUGAGCAGCACCCGGUGCCAGCCUAUCAACUGGAUGCUCUUCCCGCUGGCCCUGGUCCUCUUCGUGGUGCUGACGGGCGCCUUGCCGGAGAGCGAGACCUUCCUCCUCUACCUGCUCACCACCUUCAUCACCGUGGCGCACAUCCAUUACGGAGUCGGCGUGGUGAGCCAGCUGAGCAAGCACUUCAACAUCCGCCCCUUCUCGCUACGAAAGCCCAGCUCCGAUUGACUAGACGUGGAGGCGGGAGAGAAGAAAGUCGGCCCACCGCCUGCAGGGCCUCUGUGAACGCAGCCGCCCGUGUAAAUACACUUCAGCCAUCACCACGGAACUAAAUUUGACCCACUUUGGGUAGCAACGAGGCCUGGCAGCCUUGCAGAGGGACGGACCCUUCUUGCCCUGCCUCUCCCCCCCCCCCCUCUCCCACGGAUGCGCAGGUGGCUUGGGGACGACGACGACUGAACCACCGCAAGCAUGUGCUGAACCAGCAUGAAGCCUCCAGACCAAGCAUGGGUUCAUGCCACCCAGAACUCUCGAGGGAGACCCCCAAAAAACCACAGACAGGGGCGCUGGCCGUGUCUCUGAAACCACACGAUUGCCGCAACACAUCUUCAGCUUACGCUGAGACAACGUGGCCCGCUCUCCAUGGACCCAGCCACGCAAGAGGGUUUUUGUGUGUGGCUGGAACAAAUCAGCUGCUUUAAGUAAGGGGCCUUGGUGGCAGUAAUCACACAGUGAAAACAGGACUAUUAUAUGUCGGUUAUAUUAUCCCUCCAUCCCCUCCUCUCCUCCUCCCUCCAUUCCCCUGUUGUGGCUUCCACAUGGCCAGACCAGAUGUUGAACUCGUCAGGUGCCGUCUCCACAUUUUCCGACAGGAUUACGUUGUGGCAAGCAGCACUCUUCUGUGGGAUAGCCUCUGCGCUCGCUGUCGGGGUGGGGGGGACGGCGACCAUCCGUUUCCAAGAACCGUUUUGUCAGGCGUAGAACCCGGGCGGGCGGGUCCAUUCCAUGCAGCUCUGCUUCCCUCUAGAGGAAAGAAUCCAGGUCUCCUUUCGUCGAAACGGCAGCCGAGCUCGGUGUUUGCCUCCAUGCCCAGCUCUAGUAGAUGAAGGUGGCUUCCCGCUGUGUUUGUUCUCCAAUUGGAAAUGUUGUGUUCAGCUACCCUAACCCUGCUUGAACCGUGUGGUGGUGAAGUCGGCGCUGAUUUCCCCCUCCCUUCUUCCGUUUGAUUUCAUGAACAAGCCUUGUAUUUGUGUUUUGGGUGGGGGGGGGGGGUAUGCCCGUGCGUCCUGGUAUGAAGGGUGCUGCCUAAACCCAACUUUCUUGGAACGGCGGCACCCGGAGGAAACCCAAGCAAAGCAAAGGAUGUUCCGACGUUAUUCCAGGGCAGGGGCUGCUUUAUGGCUUCUGCUUCUAAAAUGAGAGGGGGCAGCCACCUCUUGUGGAUGACACAUUCCACUCUGGGGGGAGAGAGAGAGAGAAAUUGGGAAUUGGGAAAUGACUAUUUAACAUUUCUUUUUGUAAGCUGAAAUCAUUAUGUCAACAAGCAAUGUGAAAAAUCCAGGAGCCAGUUCUUAGCUCUUUCCUCUCUCUGCUCCUUGUAAAUAGAUCCUUUUCUUUUCUGUUUUCUUCUCACACCUGACUUUAAAUGCCUCUUUUUUUUUUCUUUUGGCGUAUUAAUGAGCAAGGGAAGAGCUUGUUCUGACCCUUAGUGAUGCACCUCUCAAAAAAGCAGCAGGAAAGAGCUCUGGCCAAUGGGCAUGGAGGACGAAAUUCUUCGCUUGGUGAAUGUUUUCAUGGCUGUAAAAGGUGAACCAGAGAUGGGGAUUUGGGGAGACUUUUCUCUCGCUCGCUUUUUUUUUAAUUAAAUGAUUUUGCACAGAAAAUUUUGGGUGUACAGAGGAAUGGAGACGUGCUUUGAAUACUUGACGCUAUCACAGCCGAAAUGAAAUGCAGCAAUCAGUUGAUAAUUUUUCAAGAAACGGUGCACUGAGUUAGACCCACCCCAGGCCGCUUUCCAAUUCUGGAGGCGGCUGAGUCAGAGGGAGAGUCUCCUUUAUUGUGUGUGUGUGUUUGACUAAUGAAUCAUUGUGAGAACACGAGUUCCUCUUCACUUUCCCUCCUUGCUUUGGAAGCAGGGGUUCUCAAAUUGACAGUAACUGGUGGCGAAAUUGCACAGGCCCUGAUGGCAUAAGACGAGAUGACGGCUUUUUGAAGUGAAGUCGGGGCGAUGUGCAUCCUAGGCCUGCCUAUGACGAACCAUAAUGAUGUGACUCACUAGAUCAUUCCUUGAAGUGCUGCCUUGGGAACAUGCUCCAUGCUCCAAGGAUGCAUGUCCGGGGGGGGGGGGGGCAGGCUAGCACUGAGUGGACAAAUGGACAAAAGGUGUUAACUUCCUGGCCGUUCCCAAGGCAGGCUUUGCUUGGCUGUCGCCUCUCAAAAGGAACCCGGUUCUGUUUCCCUUACCUAUCUAGGCUUCUUAAUAAGGAACCUGGUGCCUUAAGAAGAUUUGCCUCAAGUUGAGGAAAAGGUCGGCUGUCUCAAGCAGAAUGUUGGAAAAGUAGUUGUCCAAGUUAAAGGGAGCACAGCGUAGCAUCUUCAGCUGCAGAAACUGGGGGGACGGGUUUAAUUUCUGCUGUUUCGUCAUCUUUGUUGUUUAAAGCUCAUUUGGCAAUCUGGUAGGAACUCCGAUGCGCCAUGGAACAAUUAUUAUUUCUGUCUCAGGUGUUGGUGGCAUCAGAGGGUUUUGUGUGUGUGUGUGUUCAUCUCAAAUAAAGGCCUUGCAUGUUGAAGAGGUGACUGUGUGCCCAUUGCCACUCCCUGCCCACUCUCGGGAAGGGAUUGUAAAAACGCUUCGAGGAGUCCUCUCUGAACCCGAACCCGCCUCCUCCUCCCGAUAUUCCCUCUGCGACUAAAAGGGGCAUUUGAGGCAGCGCCCGUGACACUUCCUUAAACUACUCGCUCCACAUUUUGCAGUCCUUUGUUGCCGUCGGAAAUAACUGCCCCGUGUUUUUGUACGUUCUGAGAGCAAAAUCUUCCUUUCUCUGCCUUGAUUCACUGCUGCCUGGGUAGCUGCGGAUGUGCUGCUGGUUUGCUCGACCUUUUAAGACGCACCUCGGAAGCAGUUCUCCGGAGGCCUGGGCAAAGGAGCUGCAGGGAGCAGCUUAGCACCCCACCCCACCCCAAAUCAGCACUCUGCAAUCCCGAAAGAUUCAGGCUUUGGUAGUGGCGACCUUUGGUCCAAGCAGUGGUUUGCACGGAGACACGACCAGCGUUCCCCGUUGCUCAGCAACUCCCUGGCAGGCAGAGAGGUCUGGAUCUAGAAAGUCCCUGUGCUUUGAAGAAGCACCUCUUCCCCCACCCCAAGCCCAACUGCAGGCAUGAAUAAGAUGGAUCAGAGCUGGCUCCUCGGCUGUCCCCUCGCCUUGAUUUCAGAGCAGGGUGUUCGGCACAUGAGUCUCCACUGCCGUAGGCGUGCACUUAUGUGUGAGGGGCUGGGCAGCUAUUCCAAAGUGUCGUUUUCAUUUGAAAAGCGCUCCUAGGAAGUAAGAUAUUUUGUGAUAACGUAGAGCAGGGGGUGGGGGGUGGGGAAUAAUUGUGUGCCCCCUCCCCAAUCUUGCUGGACUUGUGUCAGCGGUCUAGAGUGAUGUGAGCAGGAGUCCAGCAAGAUAUGGGCCCCACCACAAGGUUCCCCGCCCCUAACUUAGAUACUCCUGUUUCUGAUCUCCCCACUAAAGGGGCCCCACUGCUAUCUUGGGUUGGUCUGUUUCUCUGGGUAGGACAGACAGACACACCUGGAAGGCUUCCAGAGCAGGGCAAUGGCACACUUCAGAUCGCUCGCGGUUGGGGAGGAAAGUAGCCGGAACCUUUUCUCUGCAUUACAGCCUUACUCUGAAAGUGCAGGCAAUUGGGACCAGGAACGAACCAUGCAUGCAUUUUGUACCAGUUUAGCUUCUGGGUCUCUGUGGCCCUGGCGACUUCCCUUUUUUUUAGAAGCUGAUUUUUAAGCUAUCACGUGAAAGGCGAGGUUGGAAUCCUUCCUUCUCUCCAAUGUAUUGUAUUGUGCUGGGGUGGAGGGGGGUCACAUUUUGAAUGAGGGGCUUUGAUCGCUGCUUCUUUUGCCCCCCGCUAAAUAUGAGGGCGAAUGUUCAGUCCCUUGGGCCUCCGCAGGUUGCCUCUGCCUUCGUUGGUGCUCUCUGCCAGGAAGGACCCUCCUCGGACAAAAGGAGGGUCUCUCCGGCCGCUAUUCUGCAAAGCACUGGUUGCGCCAGACUCUGCCAAGGGCUGGGUUGCGUCAAAGCAAACGGACUGUACAGACCAUAAUUAUUAUUAUUAUUAGUGAAAGAAAAUUGCAAUAGGAAACCUGUACAUUUCUCACGGCAGAUAUCCCCGCAACCCCUUCUUUCUUCACGCUUCCAUCAGGAUUCAUGUCUGUCUCAUAUGUACAUUGUUGGAGGUUGACAGUCUUGCAAAUGGAGUUGGAUUCCAUUCCAUGAAAUGCUAUUGGUGAAUAUUUAUUGUAUUUAAAAACGGAAACAACAAAGCUUCAAAAAAGAGAACCUAUUAUGAAAUAAAACUUCAAUUAAAAAAUUUCCCAAGCUU